AUGCUAGAAUUGCUACGACCUGCGGAUAAGAGGUUUCCGCCUACGAGGAGGAUCGAUCGGUCGGGUAUGAUACAAGCGGACGCAAGACGUAUGGGAGAGAAAGACUCGUUGGCGAAGAAGAAGAAGAAGAAGAAGAAGAAGAAGAAGAAGAAGAAGAAGAAGAAGAAGAAGAAGAAGCAAGGCAUUGCGCUACAGCGGCCACGGAUCGAGCGGGAGAAGGGAACAGUGCCGCUCGCUCGGGUUUGUGUGGUGUGA